UGCUGGUGUUGUAUUCCUAUCACUGUAAUUUCUAUAUUCUCCGUUUACUAAUUGGGGUUCUAGAAACAUCCAACUCAACAUGGGCUCUAAGGCUGUUCGAAUCGUCGAGGUUGGGCCUCGUGACGGCCUUCAGAAUAUCAAGACGGUCGUGGAUACUUCGACGAAGCUAGAACUCAUCCAGAGACUUCAGAGUGCAGGGCUCCGGAAUAUUGAAAUCACCUCUGUCGUUUCACCGAAAGCUAUACCGCAACUUGCAGAUUGUCGCAAAAUACUGACCGCCCCUAUCGUGAGGAAGUGGCAGCAAUCCAGCGCGACACUACGUCUGCCAGUCUUGGUUCCGAAUAUCAAAGGGCUACGCAUCGCCCUUGAACAUGAUGUCAGGGAAGUGGCGGUUUUCGUUAGCGCAACAGAAGGAUUCAGCCGGGCGAACAUCAAUUGCACUGUUGCUGAGAGCUUGGAGCGUGCCAAGCAGGUGGCGGCCGAGGCCAGGGCAGCCGGGGUGGUCGUGAGGGGGUACGUUUCUUGCAUCUUUGCCGACCCCUUCGACGGCCCUACCCCCUUGCCUGCAGUCUCCCGGGCUGUGCGAAGCUUGCUCGAUAUUGGCUGCUACGAAGUCAGCCUUGGAGAUACUUUGGGUGUUGGAACACCACCAGACGUUUGGAGACUCCUCGAAUAUCUCAAGAGUCAAAACAUACCCACCGGGAACUUGGCCGGCCACUUUCACGACACGUACGGGCAAGCUCUAGCCAAUGUAUGGACGGCGUACGAAUGCGGUCUGCGAACCUUUGAUAGCAGCGUUGGAGGCCUAGGCGGUUGCCCUUUUGCGCCAGGAGCCAAGGGGAAUGUGGCCACGGAAGAUGUCGUAUACUUGUUUCAACAAGCUGGGAUCGAUACCGGUGUAGACCUCCAGCAAGUAGUUGACAUUGGAGUUUGGAUCUCUCAGGCGCUGGCGAAACCGAACGAUAGCCGAGCUGGAGCGGCUCUUGCCAGCAAAUCCAAGAGCCCAUCGACUAGAGCAUCUUCACCGAAGCUUGCUGACCAGCCAAAACAAGCUUUCGAGUGGUCUGUUCUGGAGCAGUCUGACAACAUUGUUGUUCGGCGGGCGGGGGCGAGCGGCAACAUUGUCCUCAACAAGCCUCGAAACGGAAAUACUCUCACGUUUCCGAUGAUAUCCGAGAUCAUCGGGACAUUCAAGUCAUUCGAGAAAGAUCCCUCCAUCUCCCGCAUUCUUAUCAGCGCAAAUGGCAAGUUUUUCUGCACCGGGAUGGACCUGAGCCAAGCCGCACAGGCAGUCGGUUGGGGCGGCGACGCGAGUUCGAAGCUGUUCCAGGCAUUGACAGACUUGUUCGAACUCAUCGACAACUCUCCCAAGGUCACGAUCGCCUGUAUUCAAGGACCUGCUUUCGGCGGUGGCAUUGGGUUAGCAUUUGCUUGCGAUAUCAGGAUCUCCAUCAGCUCGGCAACCUUCACAUUGUCAGAGGCCAAGCUUGGUAUGUGUCCUGCCGUGAUUUCGAAAUACGUCAUCAGAGAAUGGGGGUUUGGACUCUCGAGGGAAGCUAUGCUCACAGCACGAUCUCUAACGGCUCCCGAGCUGAAGUCUGCGGGUGCCAUCUCGAUGAUUGCAGAGACGACUUCAGAGCUGGACGCGAUAACGAAGACCCUUCUAGCACAACUUCGACACUCGUCACCAGGAGGUUCAAGCAUGUCGAAGGAAUUGGUAAAGUUAAGUUGGAGACAUGCGGGAGCGCCGGAGCAACAGAAUGGAAUUUCAAAGCUUUUCACGUCGAUGAUGGCGCCUGGAUCUGAUGCCAUUCACGGGAUAUUAGAAUUCCAGCAGAAGCGCAAGGUCGAUUGGGAUUCAUACUUGACUCGGGCCCCACGGGCAAAGAUCUAACUGUCGGAUUCCGGCUCGGGGUGGGGAAGUUAUGUCAAAUUGGGUAGUUUAAGGAGUCUGAGUAGUUCAGAGAAUCCAGCAGAACCUGUGAAAGCAAUAAAUACUUUUGAGCCCCUUUCAUGCAGCUCGAAACCAAGUGCAACCGGAAGCAAAUCAGCUCAUCCCGAUUAAAAAGAAUGGAGAAGACAAUGAAC